AUGCACCAUGAAAAAUCCGGGGCUAAUUUAGUUCAUUUGUUCCGUGAUGACCCUAAUCGAGCAUUUAGUGUCCAGUUUAGGACGACACCAUCUGAUAGUACUGGAGUUUCUCACAUUCUUGAGCACACCGUACUUUGCGGUUCUCAAAAAUAUCCUGUUCGAGACCCAUUCAUGAAAAUGCUUCGUCGAAGUCAGGCUACUUUCAUGAACGCUUACACAGCUAACGAUUGGACUAUGUAUCCCUUCAGCACGAUGAAUAGUACGGAUUACGAAAAUCUUCUGUCUGUAUACGUAGAUGCAGCAUUCUUCCCUAAAUUAACAAAAUUAGAUUUCAUGCAAGAAGGCUGGCGUCUGGAACCUGAAAAUCUUACAGAUUCUUCUUCUAAACUUAUCCUUAAAGGCGUUGUUUACAACGAAAUGAAGGGUGUAUUUUCCAACUCUCUAAAUCAUUUGGCUCAAGUUGUGGAGAAUAAUCUGCUCCCAGUGAGUUACGGAUAUGUUAGUGGAGGCCAUCCUGAUUGUAUUCCAAAUCUUACCUGGAAGGAUCUGAAGAAAUUCCAUAGUACUUUUUACCAUCCCAGUAACGCCAACUUCUAUACUUACGGAAAUAUGGAGUUGGAUGGGUGCUUGGAAUACUUGGAUGCUCAGUGCCUCUCGAAAUUCGAUGCCCAAGAUCCAUCGCCGAAAGUACCUUUAGAACCUAGAUGGACAGAGCCGAGACGAAUGCAAGUAGCCUGCCAACCGGAUUCAACUUUAGCUGAUCCCACCAGAACGGGUGUGGUUUCCGUUAGCUUCGCACUCAUCGACAUCUGUGAUAUCUACACCAAUUUUGCUCUUGCCAUCGCAACCUCUCUCCUAAUUGACGGUGACAGUGCACCCCUUUACCAGGGUCUCAUCGAAUCCGGUUUGGGUGUUGACUGGGCCUCUCCUAUUAAUGGAAUGGAUCGCAAUAAUCGUACAACUUGUUUUCACGUUGGUCUCCAGGGUGUUCGACCUGGCCCUGAUACAGAGCGUGUUGAGAGGACAGUGAUGGAGAUCCUUGAGAACACUAUUAAAACCGGAUUCCAAAAGGAGCGCAUUGAAGCUGUAUUACACCAACAAGAAAUCGCCCUAAAACAGGACAAUACGAGAUUCGGUUUGUCAGCUAUUCUCGGUCUUGCAGGAAUCGUGAACCAUGGUGGAGAUAUUCAGAGAGCUCUUUCAGUUCAACAACUCGUGGAUACAUUUAAAUCUCAACUUGUUGAGGAUCCACAUAUGCUUGAGAAACUCAUCGAUCAGUAUUUGGUGAAAAAUCCACACCGUCUUUCGGUGAUUAUGGUGCCUGAUGAGACGUUUGAGACUAAGCAGAAAGUGAAGGAGGCACAGCGACAAGAAAGGGCUGUUAAAGAUCUCACACCAGAAAAGAGAGAAGUGAUUAUCAAGGAAGCUAUUGAACUAGCGGAGGAGCAAAAGAGCCAAGAAAAUGAGGAUGUCUCCUGUCUACCCUCUCUCGGUCUCGUUGAUAUCCCCCCGAAUUGCAGACCAGAACCCUUCACUGAGACUGACAUUUGUGGAUCAUCUGUCCAGUUGAAUGAAGCACCAACUAAUGGCCUUGUUUAUUUCCACACACUCGCUAAUAUAUCGGAUCUAUCACAGGACCUUCUCGUCUACGUCCCUUUGUUGUUUUCCUUACACUUUAGACUCGGGGCUGAUGGUCUUACCUAUCAAGAAAUGGACCUUCAACAAGAACUUAAUACUGGGACCCUUUCAGCCUUUCCCCAUGCUAUGAUUAGCUUGACAACCCCUGAGACCGAGCCCUGCACUCGCCAUGUUCAUAUCUCAUCUUACUGUCUGUCUGACAGAGUGCCGAAGAUGCUCGAACUGGUGGAGAAGCGUCUGCGUGGAAAUGAUUGGCUUGAUAGGACAAGGAUUGCAACUCUACUGGCUGCGGAUGCUUCGGGCCAGUGGUCUGCCAAUGCACUCUCACAUGAUGCCCAUCGUUUUGCAAUGCGUCGUGCCUCCGCCAAUCUCAACUCAAUCGGGCGAAUCUCUGAGCUCUGGGGUGGAGUGGAGCAAGCAGCUUUCAUGCGCCACCUUGCUGCUCGUCUUCUUACCAAUGCGGAUUCCACCGAUUGUGACCGCGCUUUUGAGGACUUCAUCAACAAGCUCCGAACGAUCGCCGAUCAUCUGCUGCUCAAUCCGAGCAGACUCAGGUUCAGCCUUCACGCCGAGCAAAACAAUCUUGCCCCAGCAUGUCAACAAUUGGAAGCAUUCCUCAAAACCCUUCCACUUAAGGAAACUUCUGCGGAGGUCGAGAGCGUGAAAUCGACUCCUGACCCGACUCCAUUGGAAUCAAACAGCGCCCAUGUUGCCCUCCCCUACUCAGUUCACUAUACCAGUCUGGCUCUACCUGCACCUUACUACACCUCCCCUGAUUUUCCCGCAUAUCGAGUAUUGUCGAAGUGGUUGCAUUCCUCAUUCCUUCACACAGCUAUCAGAGAACAGGGUGGCGCCUAUGGUGGGGGCAGCUGUGUCAACCCCGGUCGUUUUGCCUUCUACUCCUAUAGAGAUCCAUCUGCCGGACCUACCUUGAAAGUGUUUGAAAAAUCUCUUGAUUUUGCACUCUCUACCGAAUUCAAGCAACAGGAUAUCGUUGAAGCCAAGUUAUCCGUCUUCCAAGAGUUGGAUAGUCCGGUUUCAGCAGGCUCACGUGGGUUGAACGCUUUCUUGACUACCAUCGGCGAUGAAGAGCGUCAGAAUCAUCGUGAACUUCUUUUCAAAGUGGAUGAACCAGCCUUGAAGCAAGCAGCUCAGUGUCUUCGUGACCAGUUGGCAAGUCAGACGCAUGUUGGACGAGCUGUGCUUGGACCUAAGGAUGCAAAGCUUGAGCAGGAUGGGGAACAACAGGCUGCCAAGUGGAACAUUGUUGACCUCUCCCAAUUUGACUAG